GUUCUCUGCAAUAAUAUUUAAUUUCAAACUAAGAAUCAUGGGAGCAGUUAAAACAAAAGUUGCCAAGAACCUUCAUGCGUCCAUCCGUAAAGAUGAUCUAGAAAGAGCUAGAAUGAUACUUGAGAAGUAUCCUGGCUCGGCGAAUUACCCUAUGAGCAGUGGGAACACUACUGCCUUAUGUAGAGCAACUUAUUUAGGCAAGAAAGAAAUGGCAGACUUGUUUCUGCAAUAUGGUGCAGACAUAAAUGCACCAGCAGCAAAGAGUGGCAAUACUCCGUUGAUGUGGGCUGCUUGGAGGAAUAACCUCGAAAUGCUCGAAUUCUUACUUACUAAAGGAGCUGAUGUGACUGUUACAAAUGAUGAAGGAGAUAACGCCCUUGACAUUGCAAUUGAGAGAGUGAGCUAUGAAGCAGCCUUGAUGUUGAAGAAAAGUGGCUUAGAUCCUAAAAAUGAAGAGUACUAUCUAGAUAGAGUUGCUACAGAAUUUGAUCUUGAUGUUUUCAUUCAAUAUUUGAGGGAAGAAAUUGAAGUUAAUGAUAAAUAAUGUAUUUUUCCAAAAGGUCAAACUUAGAGAACAGCAAGAAACAGAAAGAGAUAAGGUAAUCGACCCAAGAGAAAGCUGGAAACACUGGUUUAAAAGAACUGCAACUUUUGAAGAGCCCCCAAUGGUUGAUAGAGAUGAACUCCCUGAAGAUAAGAAGCCUCACAGAGCAUCGUUAUUCAACAAAGUUGAAAAUAUGAUGAACGGAAUUAACCCAUACCCACCAGGCCAUAAAUGGAACAAGAAAGGCGAUCGUGAAGCCAAUUCAGUCCCAAAUGAGAAUAACGUAAUCUUCAGAGAUGAUAACCAAGAAAGAGAUGAAUACCUUGACGAAGAAUGCAAGGAAAGAGAUAAAGAGAAUGAUACUCCUGCAUCGAUGAUCUUUAAAAGAGACCAAAUGACUCUUCAUGACUAGACUGAUUAAUUUAUGAAUUCAACAAUACUGGGAUUUAAA